CCAAACCAAUAACUAAAUAAUAUCAGAGUUAGGCACCAAACUCUUCUCCUUCCAUUAACAAUAAAUCUGCUGAAUUUUCAUUCUCUUUCAAGCCAGGACCACUUCAUCUCUCUCUCCUUCCCUUCUGAUUCUUGCCAUUUAUAUCUCCACCACCGGCUAGCUUACUUAGCCUUGCCGGAUUCUGGUUUUUGCAUGGAGUUGUAGGAGCCCUACGUCCAUAACUGGUUUCUGUACAUACACAGUUCCAAAGGGCUUCCCGCAACUCCAAGAAUCCUUUUUCUUCUCUUUGAAGCUUUUGAGGUUAUUUUCUGGGUGGAAGAUAUAUGGGAGAAAUGUCAAGCUUCCAGCUGGGUGUUAUUGGUGCACUGUUUCUUUCAGUGGCAUCAUCUGUUUCCAUUGUCAUAUGCAACAAAGCUUUGAUGAGCAAUCUCGGCUUCCCUUUUGCAACAACCCUCACAAGCUGGCACCUCAUGGUAACAUUCUGCACACUUCAUUGUGCACAACGUUUCAAUCUGUUUGAGUCAAAGCCCAUUGACAUGAAGACUGUAAUGCUCUUUGGAAUUCUUAAUGGUGUUUCUAUUGGAUUGCUCAACCUCAGCCUGGGUUUCAAUUCCAUUGGAUUCUACCAGAUGACCAAACUUGCAAUCAUACCAUUCACUGUUCUAUUGGAAACUCUUUUCUUCAAAAAAUAUUUCAGCCAGAAUAUUAAGUGUUCUCUCUUCCUCUUGCUUAUUGGGGUAGGCAUUGCCUCUGUGACUGAUCUUCAGCUCAAUCUUGUUGGCACUAUUCUUUCAAUGCUAGCCAUUGUAACAACCUGUGUUGGCCAAAUUCUGACAAAUACAAUACAAAAGAGGCUCAAUGUGUCUUCAACUCAGCUGCUUUAUCAAUCUGCUCCAUUUCAGGCUGCAAUUCUUUUUGUCUCAGGCCCUUUGGUUGAUCAAUUCCUCACCAAAAAGAAUGUUUUUGCUUACAAAUAUUCUUCUAUAGUCUUGGCAUUCAUCAUCCUGUCAUGCCUGAUAUCAGUGGCAGUGAACUUCAGCACAUUCAUGGUAAUAGGGAAGACAUCACCAGUUACAUAUCAAGUUCUUGGCCAUCUCAAGACAAGUCUUGUUCUUGGGUUUGGGUAUACACUUUUGCAUGAUCCUUUCACCCUCAGAAAUAUCAUUGGAAUUAUAAUUGCAAUCUUUGGUAUGGGCUUAUAUUCUUAUUUCUGCACCCAAGAAAACAAGAAGAAACAAUCUCUUGACCUCUCAUUAGGACCUCAGAUGAAGGAGAAGGACAACACACCACUCAUAGCAAUGCAAGACAAAGAAAGUCAUGAGACAAAGAAAACAGCAAAGGACUCUCUUGUCUAAGUAAAUAGCCAAUUUUGUUU